UCCAGCUCAAAAAUAAACAAACAUCGCAAAUCGGUAGACAACUCGGGUAAAAACCGAUUUAUAAAUUCCAUGAACCAUAGGGAUUUAAGGUGGAGGUGGCAGCUGAUGCAACUACACACAUAAAUAGCGUCAAGUUUUACUGUACUCGCACAGUAACAUUGUGUUUCCAGCCGAGAUCAUUGCCCUGCGCUUGUUUUAUCAACCUACAAAUUGUGUGAUUUGUAAAUCAGUGAAUUUCUGCCGCAAAACAUAAUCAACGAAUUGAAUCAUGAGUGGAGAAAACGCAAAUGGCGGCGGUGAGAAAACGGACAAACGUCGUUAUAAUUACAUGGAGAAUGUACUACAACACAUUAUCCAGAAGAUAUCAGUCAAUGAAGCAGAGAGGAAACGAAACAACCAAAUUCUCAAUUCGGCGAUUGAAAUCAUGCUGGCAAAGAUGCGUGACACAUCUCCUCUUUUUGGAAAACUAUACACGCGUAUAUUUUACGGUGGCAGUUACUACGAUAAUUUGAAAACCGGCAAACCGGACGAGUACGACAUUGAUUUAUUAAUGAUGCUUUCCAAGAAGCAAAUGUUCACACUCAAACCAAUCGAAACCGCGCCUGGUUUCGUCACAUUGCAAAUGGCGGACAAGAAUGACUCAACUGAAUUCGCUGAGUUAUUCGACGGUGAAUUUCUCUGCACGGACAAAGUUUUGAAGUGGAUGGAAAGUUUGGUGUCCAAAACUUUAUCCAAUUUACCAACCAGUGGCAGUCAAAACAUCCUACGCAUUCAAGACACUGAUUUUUUCAUUAAAAUCACCAAGUCCGGCCCUGCGUUCACAAUCAGAUUAAACGGUCAAUUGGGUGAUACCCAUAUGAAUUUCGAUGUUGAUCUCGUCCCGUGUUUCAUAUUCAACGCUGCGAUGUGGCCAAAAGGCAAAUUUCGCACGAAUCCAGUCCAAGAUAAGACUGAUUUCUUCAUCGUACCAAAACAACCCCGUGGUAAACUGGACUGCAAGAUGAACCACUGCUGGCGGCUGUCAUUUCAAGAACAAGAACGUCAAUUGAUCCGCAGCUGUCGCGUGCUUAAACCAUGCGUGAAACUGAUGAAGAAACUCCGUGAUCACAUGAACCACAAAGCAAUCAGCAGCUAUUUCAUUAAAACCAUGUUCAUCUGGCAGAUUGAGAACGCAGGCAAGACGUUCUUCGAUAAUAGCUUAAGCUAUGUCUUUGUUGAGAUGUUGCAAGUGUAUGAGAAACAUUUAGCCGAACGCAAGAUUCAAUAUUAUUGGAAUACCGACAAUAAUCUGAUCGGAUCUCUUUCGGAUAUCAUGCUAGAUAACUAUUGUAAUCAGGUACGUCGCAUUGUGAAGGAUAUUGUCACCAAAGAAGAGAAUAAUCCGUAUUAUGUCGGCAAGUUUUUCUUAAAUAAGGAAGAAAUGGAGCAGUUGAAAGUGGAUGUACCUUUGCCAGUGCGUCCCACCGGCAAGGAAGUGAAAGAAAAUGGCGGUAAUGCAAAUGGCGGCGCAUCUUCUGAUAAAUCAAACGGAUCCAAUGCUUCCAACACGAAAUGCAGCUGCUCAGCAGCUAAUAACUUUGAAUCCGCACUGGCGGAUAUUCGUAGGGAGGUUGCCGAAGCCCGUAGGGAUCAGGAGGCGUUAAAAAUGGAUAUUAUGGAUUUGUUGCAAGUGGUUGUCAAGCGAUUGGACAAUAUCCAAGCUAAACUCGCUUGAAUCUAUACUGUAUUUUGUUGUAAAAAUAAACUAUUCAAGAAUUCACCAGAUAAA